CGGCAUAGGCCAUAGAUUUUAUGAAUACGUCAUUAAAACAUCAAUACAGUCUGACGUUUGACAUGAGUUUUGACAUUAAAUUAUAAUUUUAGUCAACAUUAGCGACUGCUAGUUCUUCUUGUUUUGACAGCCGAGAAGGCAAAAUGUCGGCGCACAAGACAUUUAUUAUUAAGCGAAAACUCGCUAAAAAGCUAAAACAAAAUCGCCCCAUUCCACAAUGGGUUAGAAUGCGUACAGGAAAUACCAUUCGGUACAACGCUAAGAGGCGUCACUGGAGAAGGACAAAGUUGAAGCUGUAAGCCUUCUCAAUAGCUGUUAAGAUAAUAAAACUGGCAUAAACUA